CCACAAACAAAACUCCCUGGAUUCAGGUUCUGGACCGCCUUACCGGAGAAUGCUUGUACUUCUUGAAUCCAGGUUAUGCUGUCAGUAGACUAACUCUAAGGAAUUGAUUGGGGUGUUACUAUCAAGAAACCGAAAGUCCACUCGGCGCAGCUGCGUCUACUCGGUCUACUCGUAUAUCCAAGAUCGAAGCACGUGAUAACGCGUCGUUUGAGGCGUCGCAAGGGUCUUCACCAACCCCUACGCGAUACCGAAUGAGAAAACAGUUUAGGACGAGACGAGCGAACCGCUAAUGGAGGAUGAUGUCUGAGACAAACACGGCAACCAGUCAUCGGGGUCCAAGCGCAGGAGAUGGGACACUCUUCCGGGGGAAGCAUUUCUGGCUCUCUCACAAUGUGCCCCAAAGAAACCGGUUCAAGGAAUUGAUUGAGCAAAACGGAGGAAGCAUAAGGCUGUUCGAGCGAGAUGCGGAAAUCAAACUAGUUGAUCACAAACGCAAGAAUCUCCCGCCAGACACAUAUUCCUUCAAGUUUGUCGAAGACUCCCUUCGCGAAGGGCGGAUGCAAAAUCUGGAGCCCUAUAGAGCAGGUCCAUCAGAAGCUCGGCCAGUUGGCGCUUCAUACAUCCCUACUCGAAACCAUAAAGUGCCCUACACCAUCGCGGAUGACCAAGUCCUCUGGGAUUGGGUGCAACAGUAUGAGCGAGACCCAACAGCCUCUAUCGCGGGCAAUAAAAUCUACCAGGAACUUGCAACGAAGAAUCCCAGGCAUACUUUUCAGUCCUAUCGCGACCGAUAUCUGAAGAGACUACGCGGUCGUCCACGUCCAGGUGGCAUGCCGAAAGUCUCCACUCAGCACGAAACGGCUACCCAAGAGGUUGCUCCUGCACAAAUCACGACUUCUACAGCACAACCUGGGACGCCAGCGAGACCCCCACAAGAGCAUAACGCUGCUUCUACUUCUGGAAUGCCGAUUUACAGGAAGAGGAAACGUACUUCAGAAGCAAGAGAUAUGUCGGAACCGACGGACCAGGCUAAUCACCCAGAACCAAAGAACAGGGCGGUCGAACCUUUGCCGGAGGUGCCAAAAAGUGCCGCUUCAUGCCUUCAAAGCAAGGAUAAAGAGCCGGUCAUGCAUGAGCAACCAAGUUCGAAAGCAUCAGCUGAUCUCUCGGUCACGGAUAACGACCCCCUUCCGCGUACCCAGACUGUCAACAAAGGGGGUCGUCCACGCAAACGUACUGCGAGGAUAGUACCCUAUAAUCAGAAGUGGCGCAAAGAGCGGCUUCAGGGUAACGAUGAAGAACCCAAUCUACCCCAGCAACCAACCUCAAACGGAUCGGCAGGUGGGAAGAGGCCCCCUUCAGUUACGAACGGCACCAAUCACGGAAUCGUUUUGCCAGAGGGCCGGACUCAGACCGAACAGCCGCGGGAUUACAUCAAUCAUCCUCAAAUUCCCCCCGAGAUAGACCCUUUGUUCCUCCAGCUUCCUUUCUUGCCUUCCAGUCCCGAGCCCGAAACCAUUCCCGAGCAUCAAGUGCACGUGCCGGAGCAAGAUAUUGACACUUGGAUGGACCGGCGCCUCCGCCUUCGGAGUAGCCGCGUAAAUGAGGCACAGCUCAUUGAGGCUCUACGCUGUACAAGUAUGGAUCCAGGUUUGGCGGAUAAAGUACUUGAAUUUCUGGUAGCUGGAAAGGGAAUUCCCGAUGACAUGCCUGGGGUCUGGACCUCUGCGGAUGAUCGAUGCGUCGAAGGAAAAGAUGGACGCGGGAUUGAGCGGGUUCUGAAGAAGCACGGCGCGGAAGCUUUUAAUGCUAGGUGGGAAUAUCUAAGCAUGGCAAGGGCCAGUGGUCUUGAGACAGAGGCUGUUGAGUAA